CGAUACCCGUUGUCGAUAAAUGUAAAACGUACGUCCAAAGUACGUCUUUACGCCGCACUGUGACGACACCUUAGCCUUGUAGAAAAGGAUGAAAUAACUAUAAUCGUCAUUAUCUUUAUCCUAAUCGCCUCGUUUAUGUCGCGGACGUGCCGUAGAGUUUAGUACAGUUUAGUAGCGGUUUGCAGCGGUUUGCUUGAUUGUCGAAAAACACGUGUGAAGUACAAUGAAUCUGGAGGCGUACAAAGAAAUUGUGGCAACAUGUGCCUCGAUUUCAACUAUGGGACAAAUGUUGGCUGGAACAUUAAUAUGCAAGGAUAUUUAUCAAAAGGGUUCUUCACAAGGUGUUGAUCCAAUGCCAUUUUUGGGUGGUAUAGGAAUGUGCAUUUUGAUGCUUCAGUAUGCAUUGAUAGUGAGGGAUCCUGCGAUGAUUAAUGUUAACGUUUUUGGAUUACUCACAAAUGUAGCGUACAUGGCUGUGUAUUAUUAUUUCACACCACACACGAAGGAUACACGUACUUUAAUAGGCAAGGCAGCAGUUUUUGUAGCGGCCUUCCUUGUGUAUGCUCAAGUGGAAAAUCCUGAGAAGAUUGAAUUCCGAUAUGGUUUAAUUGUGACAGCAUUACUGCUCCUCCUAAUAGCAUCCCCACUCGUGCAUCUUGGAGAGAUUAUAAGGACGAAGAAUACGGAUAUUCUUCCGUUUCCACUCAUUUUUAUGGGUACUUUCGUCUCUUUUCAAUGGCUGUUGUACGGCCUUAUAAUUAAUAAUGGUUUCGUUAUCUUUCAGAACGUCGUAGGUUUUACCCUUUCUGUGAUACAACUGUCAUUGUUUGCGAUAUAUCCAUCGAAAUCGAAAAAAGACAGCCAACGCAAGACAGAUUAAGGAGAAAAUGUAAAGAAAUUAUAAUUGUCUUAUUUAAAAGAAGAUGUAUGUAUAACCAUCUUUUAAGAAGAUUCGAAAGACGUUUCAAGGGAAACGAUAAUUGCUUUUACAUAAAUUAAUUACGAUUAAUAAUUAAUAAUCAUUAAUGAUAUAUAAUGACAACGAAAAUAAAGCCAUCGCUAACAUAAAGUGUAUAAUUGUCGAGAAACGUGUUACCUCAAGGUAUCGAGAUGAUCCUAUGCGCGUGCAAUCCAGUAUUUUAGUAAAUGUAAAUUGUAUGUACAAAUAGGAAGAUUUGUUGUAGGUUACAUUACUAAACCAGAAAGAAUAAUUGUAACACUAUUUUACUUAGGCAAUUGUUUAAAUAAAUACAUUUAUUUUUGAUUGA